GAUACGAUGCUUGACAAGCAGCGUCGCUUGACCAUGAUCCCCUCUUGGAUGAUGCGAUGAUGGGAAUACGAAUACAAAUAGCCAGAAUCACCCUUCUUCAAGUUCUGUCACAUUUGCGUGACAGUCUUUGGGGGGUCGCGAAUCAAACUCCAACAUGACUCUCUCCGCUGGCCUUUGGACACUCGCCGCCCUCGUUGCUCUUCCCAACGUGCUGGGAGCCGGUCUAGACACCUGCGCCCUCGCCUCACAGCACUUCGGCAACGAUGCACCGUGGUACAUUGCCAGAAUCCCCUUUUUCGAAUCCAGCGAUGCCGCCAUCACUGAAGUGUACUACUAUCGCUGGAAGAUCUUCCGGGCGCACCAGCGCGAUCUAGGUACCGAUGGCUACAUCUCCACCGAGUUCAUAGACGAUGUUUCCUGGCAGAUCUACCCCUCUGCCUCGCUCGUAGACGCCUCGGGUUUUCACUUGCUUGAAGGCCGCUGGAAUCGGGAUAGGAGGUUCAAGGAGGACUAUGCCACGUUCAUGUACAGUGAUGAGAGCAAUCCACGGCGUUUCACCGAGACCCUGGCCACGAGUAUAUGGCAGGGCUACCUCGUCGAUGGAGUCGUGGAGGAUGUGCUCCAGUAUCUAGACUCGAUGCAAACCGUCUACAACGCCUGGGAUACGGACUCGUAUGACACCUCCAAGGGCCUGUACUGGAUCGAACCCCUCCUCGACGCCACCGAGUACACGAUAGCCAGCAUCGAUGCAUCCUGCGGCGAAGACGGGUUCCUACAGGGGUACGCCUUUCGCCCCAGUAUAAACAGCUACCAAUACGCCAACGCGCGUGCCAUCGCCAAUCUCGCCACCCUCAAAGGUGGUCUGGACUCCGUCGUCGAGGACUACACCUCCCGCGCCGAGACUCUCAAGUCUCUCGUGCAAAUCUGGCUCUGGAACUCGACACUAGAACACUUCAUCGACCGCCACGAAUCCAACACCGCCUGCGUCAGCUACUGGGAGCCCAUCCGCGGCCGCGAGCUCGUGGGCUACGUGCCCUGGACGCACGACCUGCCCGAUGACAACGCGACGUUCGCCCAGUCGUGGAAACACCUGGUGGAUACCUCUGAAUUGCUGGGCGAGCACGGAAUGCGCACCAAUGAGCCGAGUUACGAGUAUUACAUGCGACAGUACCGGUAUGCGGAAGAAGACGGGGCGCAGCAGCCGGAGUGUCAGUGGAACGGUCCCGUGUGGCCGUUUCAGACGACGCAGGUUUUGACUGCACUGGGGAAUUUGCUCGAUCAUUAUCCUGAAUCUGCUUCCACGGAAGUUGUUUCCAGGGUUGAUUACACGAGUCUGCUGAAGUUGUACGCUAAUUUACACUACAACCCCACACGCAACAACGCUUUGAAUCUAGAAGAGGACUACUACCCUGACACGGGCGCCCCCAUCGUCGGGCUAGACCGGUCAUCGCAUUACUUCCACUCGGGCUACAUCGACCUCGUCCUCUCGGGCCUAGUCGGCAUCCGACCCCGCUCCGACGACGUGCUAGAAGUGAACCCCCUGGUCAGCACCGAUGUUGCCUACUUCCGCGCAGAAAACGUGCUCUACCACGGAAACGACGUCGCAAUCCAAUGGGACGUCGACGGAUCACACUACGGCGUCCAAGGGCUGCAAAUCGAACUCAACGGCGUCGUAGCAGCCUCAUCCCCAUCCCUGGCCCGGCUCACAGUCGACGCACCCCGUAAAUAUCCCCCCGAGUUUCCGAAACCAGUAGCAAAGUCCAUCCAACUCCAAGAUCUAAACCAGUAUCCCGAAGGCCCCGCAUACCCACUGGGCAGCGUCUCGCUCGCGGACCAGGAUAGUGCCAAAGUGCAGGACGCGAUUGAUGGAAGGGUGUUCUUCUUCCCUGAAACGGAUUACACGAUUGCGCACGGGUGGCAGACGCCCGUGGGGGACGGGAGUGAGCUUUGGUAUAUGGUUGAUUUUGGGGCGCAGACGGAGACGCGGAGCGCGGAGAUUGCGUUUUUCGAGAAUGCGGACCAGGGUGUUGAUGGGCCGGUCGACUAUCGGGUGCAGGUUGAUGUAGAUGGGAAUGGAGCGUGGGAGGACGCAGCAGGGGCAUUUUACGGGGACGUGGUUGGGAAUGGGAUUACGUAUGCUGAGUGGGGAGCUGUGAGCGUAAGGAGGAUUAGAUUGGUGUUUACGCCGAAGGAGGGGUUGAAAGUGAGGUUGGUGGAGUGGAAGGUGUUUGAUGAGGUUAUCAGCAGUUCGGAUUUGACAGAGCGGUGUUCAAGUCUAGGGAAAUGAGGAUGAAAUCGGGCCAGCGUACGUGUCAAUAAGGUAGUGUGGGAAUUCAGAUUGGUUCUCAACACCUGCAAUGCAUGCACGUUAUGUCUACGUGAAUGAUGAACGGCGGCAACAUCUUAGGGAGACCUCGCACUCUAGUGUGGAAGAGAGACCGAGUCCUGCUCUCACAUGUAAGCGCAACAACUUUGCGAAUCGAAGAGACUG